CGUGGGGCCGUGAGCCGUGAGUGGGGCGUGUUCGGCAGAGUUGGGUGGGUCAGCGGGCGGCCGGCUGCCGGGCAGACUCGACCGAGACGCUGCGCAGGGCGCAGGGCGCCUCUCCGCUGCACACUGCACCCCGAGACACUGAGUGGAUAUUUGGUGAUCGUGAGGAGCUUGGAAUACCUGGCGCUGUCACCAUCGCUUUGGUCCGUGUUCUCUGACAACGGUCGGAGAUCACGACUCCGUGGACUGCGGGGAAUGCUCGCCCGGGCUGUCAGCUCGGAGCCCUGCCUACGUCGUUAGCUGGCAUGGCCGCUGGCCGCGUCUGCCUCCUGCUGACGGCGGCGGUGAUCGUGACGCUGUGUCCGCCAGCCGCAGGCGCGAGGAAAGCGAUGCUCAGCCGAACGACCAAACGGGGCAUCAAAGGCCACUCUCACGAUUCUCAUGACAUUCGCCGGACGCACAAAUAUGUGAUGAGCCGUUGGCUGGGUGUGAUCGUGGUCCGGCCGGCGCCCUGUCCGGUCGGACAGCAGAUUGACAUGCUGGGCCGCUGCCGGCCAGUGGUGGUGCGCGGCAGGGCGCCGCCCCGGCCCCGUCUGCCAGCCCUCUUCAUCAGCGAGUUCGGCCAGAGCUACAGCGACUACGACUCGCACGCGCCGCGCGACCGGCCCACCCGGCUGGCCCGGCUCGACAACAGCGUGGUGGCGGAGCGGGAGACGGACCACGACGAACUGCGCUACCGCUAACGUGUGGAGAGAGAGAGAGUCUUAGGGACUGGGCCAGUAAUGUGACAGCAGACGUGCCGGGAUGAAGUGAUCCUGCCGUCUUAUAUGUGCAACAGAGCUCCCGUUAGUUGUUGGUGGGGAUGAAUGUGUAUAAUUCACUUGUUAAUACAAGGGUAUUUCAACCUCUAAAUGGGCAUGUGUUUUGUAUUGCUAUCGGGGAAAAUUUUGAUAAUGCCUCAAGGUUAUGUCUUAAGAAUGGGUAUAUUUUAAUGUCUUACUAAAUGUAUUUUCUAUGGUUAUUAAAACUUCAUAAUGUCCGUUUUCCAACGAUGGUUCGGUGAUCGGGUUGCGCGCUAAACGGUCCAUUAUCUAAUGCAAAAAUAAAAGGCUGGAACA